CCUGAAGGUCCUCUGGCCGGCAAGCACAUCGGCGUCAAAGCGAACAUCGUGGCCGGGACUCCUCACGCUGCUUCGAAAACGCUCUCCAACUUCCAAACACCCCACACCGCCACCGUUGUCGACCUUCUCACCGGAGCAGGAGCCACUACCCAGCAUGGCCAAAACAUGGACGAAUUCGGCAUGGGCUCGCACUCGCAGUUUUCCAACCACGGACCAGUGAAGUCGUCGUUCAGCAGAGCUGGCACAUCUCUAUCUCCCGGUGGUAGCAGUGGUGGAAGCGCUAUUUCAGUCGCGACAGGCGAAUGUUGGGCUGCGAUUGGGACGGACACGGGAGGGUCGGUGAGAUUGCCCGCCGCGUACACUGGCGUUGUGGGUUUCAAGCCGAGUUACGGCAGAAUUUCAAGAUGGGGAGUCAUACAGUAUGCGAACUCGCUGGAUACGGUGGGCGUAAUGGCACGAAAUGUGGCGGAUGUGAGGAGAGUGUUUGGGGUUGUGGAUCGCUGGGAUUGGAGGGACGGGACCUCUUUGAAGGACGGGUUGCGAGAACGGAUGAGCAGCAGUAUUGAAAGCAAGAGUCUGAGGAUUGGAGUGCCUGCGGAAUACAAUGUUGCUGAGGUGUCGCCCGUUGUGCGCGACGUGUACACUCGGGCUCUGCAAGCGCUGCAAGCCGCUGGACAUAUUCUCGUGCCGGUCUCACUACCCACAACACGAGAGGCCCUUUCUGCAUACUAUGUCCUGGCGCCAGCCGAAGCAUCUUCGAAUCUGGCUAAGUACGACGGCAUUCGCUACGGACAUCGAACAUCCAUGUCAGACGCAUCGCCAAAUGCGGACCCACCACUCCCACUCUACGCCCAGACUCGAGGUGAAGGCUUUGGUCCGGAAGUGAAACGCCGGAUCCUACUAGGAGCGUAUACCCUCAGCUCCGAGGCGAUGGACAAUUACUUCAUCCAAGCGCAGAAAGUGAGGAGGCUGGUGCAGCAGGACUUUGAUCGGGUGUUCUACAAGGAGAACCCACUACUUUCAGCUGAGGCGAAAAGCGAUGACGAAGAGGCUGUAGACUUGCUCCUCACUCCGACCGCGCCGACUCUGCCGCCGACGAUCGUGGAGCUGGAGGAGCAAACCUCACUAGAGAGCUACAUGAACGACGUCUUCACCGUGCCCGCAAGUCUGGCGGGUCUACCGGCGAUUAGCAUUCCGAUCGCGCUCACAGCGGAGCAAAGGGAUGGUAUGGAAGAGACCGACGUUCGCAGUGUGGGAAUGCAGCUGAUCGGGCAAUUCGGAGACGAUAACGCUGUCCUGUCGGCAGCAGAAUUGCUCGAG